AUGUUCUGCCACUGGAACUUCUCAGGUGGAACAUGUUCUAUCAUUGUAACAUUUAUAUGUGGAACAUGUUCCACCAUUGGAGCAUUAUUGAACGGAACAUGUUCCACUAAUAGAACAUGUUCCACCGCUGGAACAUUACCAGAUCGAACAUGUUCCACUUCUGGAACAUUAUCAGAUGGAACAUGUUCUAUCACUGGAAAAUGUUCUGCCACUGGAACUUCUCAGGUGGAACAUGUUCCAUCAUUGGAACAUUAUCAAAUGGAACAUGUUCCAUCAUUGGAACAUGUUCCAUCAUUGGAACAUGUUCCAUCGUGGAAACAUUAUGGAAUAUUGUCAGGUGGAGCAUGUUCCGCCAAUAAAACAUGUUCCACCACUGGAACAUUAUCAGAUGGAACAUGUUCCAUCACCGGAACAUUAGUAAGUGGAAUAUGUUCUGCCACUGGAACUUCUCAGGUAGAACAUGUUCUAUCAUGGAACAUUUGUAUGUGGGACAUGUUCCACUUAUGGAACAUUAUCAGAUGGAUUAUGUUCUAUCACUGGAACAUUUUCUGCCACUGGAACUUCUCAGGUGGAACAUGUUCCAUCAUUGGAACAUUAUCAAAUGGAACAUGUUCCAUCAUUGGAACAUUAUUAGAUGGAACAUUAGUAGGUGGAAGAAGUUCUACCAAUAAAACAUGUUCCACCACUGGAACAUUAUCAGAUGGAACAUGUUCCAUCAUUAGAACAUUAUCAGAUGGAACAUGUUCCAUCAUUAGAACAUUAUCAGAUGGAACAUGUUCCAUCAUUAGAACAUUAUCAGAUGGAACAUGUUCCAUCAUUGGAACAUGUUCCAUUAUUGGAACACAAAAAAAUUUAACCCUAACAAAUUAUUUUCUGUUCCAGGCAAAAUUGUUACACAACACAUCACAUGAAAGAAUGCCUCAACACCUUCAAUACUCCCGAGUCAUCUUUACCAAGCUACCAACGCCUUAUUGA